CCGCAGUGCCCGUCCCGGCCUGGGCGCGGUGUCUUCCCUCCCUCCCUCCUUCCCUCCUCACACACACACAUACACACACGCACAGCGCCUUCCCGUUCCUCACCGCCGCCUCCCCGUGAGCAGGGGGAAGGGCCGGUGAGGCGGGGGGCGCCGCGGGUGCCGGGCGGGGCCGUGAGGGGCCCGGCGCCUCCCCCACCUCCCCCCAGCGAACGCCCCGUCCUCGCCUCGGAAGCUGUUGCAUAUUUCUUUUUUCCCCUCCUUCCUGUCUUCCCUGAACGAGAAGAAAAAGUCGAUUGGAUUUAACGCGUUCCCUUGGGGUCGGAGGAAAGUCCUGCCUGCUGGAUCCGGCUUGGACAGGCGAGAAUGUUGGCUUUGAGAGCUCAGGGAAGAAGCAACAGGGAGGAAAAAGUAACACAGUGUGCCUGAAAAUGACAACAAAGCGGAAUUUGUUUGUGCGGCUGGUGGCAUGCCGCUGCCUGCGUGGAGAGGAGGAAACAGUCACUACUCUUGAUUAUUCUCACUGCAGCCUGGAACAGGUGCCUAAGGAGAUUUUUACUUUUGAAAAGACCUUGGAAGAACUCUAUUUAGAUGCUAAUCAGAUUGAAGAGCUUCCAAAGCAACUUUUUAACUGUCAGUCUCUGCACAAGCUGAGUUUGCCAGACAAUGAUCUAACCACAUUGCCAGCAUCCAUUGCAAAUCUCAUUAAUCUCAGGGAACUGGAUGUCAGCAAGAAUGGCAUACAGGAGUUUCCAGAAAACAUUAAGAACUGUAAAGUAUUGACAGUUGUUGAGGCCAGCGUAAAUCCAAUUUCAAAGCUUCCAGAUGGAUUUUCCCAACUCUUAAACCUAACGCAGCUGUACCUGAAUGAUGCUUUUCUUGAGUUUUUGCCAGCCAAUUUUGGCAGAUUAACUAAACUCCAGAUAUUGGAGCUUAGAGAAAACCAGUUAAAAAUAUUGCCAAAAACCAUGUCCAGACUGACUCAGCUGGAGAGACUGGACUUAGGAAGUAAUGAAUUCACUGAAGUGCCUGAAGUACUUGAACAACUGAGUGGGUUAAAGGAAUUUUGGAUGGAUGGAAAUAGACUAACACUUAUUCCAGGGUUCAUAGGCACUUUGAAACUACUAACCUACUUGGAUGUUUCUAAAAACAACAUUGAAGUUGUUGAAGAAGGUAUUUCAGGUUGUGAAAGCCUGCAAGACCUGCUGUUAUCCAGUAAUGCACUUCAGCAACUGCCAGAGUCUAUUGGUUCCCUGAAGAAGGUGACAACACUUAAAAUUGAUGAAAAUCAAUUAAUUUAUUUGCCAGACUCCAUAGGAGGGUUAAUAUCAGUAGAAGAACUGGACUGUAGUUUCAAUGAGAUUGAAACAUUGCCGUCUUCUGUUGGGCAGCUCACUAAUAUAAGGACAUUUGCUGCGGAUCAUAACUUUUUAACACAGCUGCCAUCAGAGAUUGGAAACUGGAAGCAUGCAACAGUGUUGUUUCUGCAUUCUAAUAAGCUUGAAUUUCUCCCUGAAGAAAUGGGUGAUAUGCAGAAAUUAAAAGUCAUCAAUCUGAGUGACAAUAGACUGAAGAAUUUGCCAUUUACAUUUACAAAACUGCAGCAGCUCACUGCUAUGUGGCUAUCGGACAAUCAGUCUAAACCACUUAUCCCUCUUCAAAAAGAAGCUGACCCUGAGACACAGAAAACAGUGCUUACUAAUUACAUGUUCCCCCAGCAACCAAGGACUGAGGAUGUUAUGUUCAUAUCUGAUAAUGAAAGUUUCAAUCCAUCGCUGUGGGAGGAACAGCGAAAACAGCGUGCCCAGGUGGCAUUUGAGUGUGAUGAAGACAAAGAUGAGAGAGAGGCACCGCCUCGGGAAGGCAACCUGAAGAGAUAUCCAACUCCAUAUCCUGAUGAACUGAAGAAUAUGGUCAAAACUGUCCAGACAAUUGUACAUAGGCUAAAGGAUGAAGAAUCCACUGAAGAUAUUGCCAAGGAGUCAAAACGAGAAGGCCAGACAGUUUCUGUAAAAGAUGUGGGGGUAAAGACCUCAGAAAUUGCUUCAAUAAAGAACAAAGCAGAUGAGAGAAAGCAGUAUUCAGCAGGAAGCUCUGUGCAGAAGCUUACUGAACCAGAAGCUGAGCACAGCACCGCAAAUUCACAGAUGACUGCACUUGUUAAAACCUUGCAGAACGCGAAAACAAAUGUUAACCAUGAAGACACGCUCGAGCAGGAGUCAGAAGAACUCUCCUCUGAUGAAGAGAUGAAAAUGGCAGAAAUGCGACCACCGCUGAUAGAAACCUCCAUGAACCAACCAAAAGUGGUAGCUCUUAGCAGUAACAAAAAAGAUGAUUCGAAAGAUGCCGAUUCCUUGUCAGAUGAAGCGACUCACAAUAGCAAUCAAAAUAACAGCAACUGUUCCUCUCCUUCUCGAAUGUCAGAUUCUGUUUCCUUACAUACUGAUAGUAGCCAAGACAUUUCUCUGUGUUCUCCAGACAAAGAACAGCCUGCUGCUGUUCUAGCCAAGAUCAGGCGAGAAGAUGAAAAUUUGAAUAAUCUUUUGCAGAAUGGAGGUGAUUUGAGUAUUACAGUAGAAGAAAAAAUAAGUGUCCAAGAGAAGGUUACAAAUUUGUCUGAAUAUGAAUUAAGCAUUGAAGAAAGAUUAGGCCUUAUAGGAAAAGGUGUUGAUUUAAGCACUUCUACAGAGGAGUCUCACAAAUUAGACCAAAUCAACAUGAAUAUUGAUAAACUCGUUAGUGAAGAGGCAGGGCCAGUUCCUGUGGAAAGGUUGCAAACACAGGAAAUAGCUUCAGUAAAGGGAUUUUUGAAUAACAACAUAAAAGAAGAAGGUGAGCACUUGGAAAAUGGAAAUAAAUAUCUUAUAAAUAAAGUAAAUGGACAUCCUGAGGAAGCAGUACAGUCUCCCAGUAAAGAAAAACUAACAAGAAGCACUACAGUUGAUGGGGAUUCUGCUGAGCUGUCUGUUUCAAGGAGCACUGAAGAUUUGUCCCCACAGAAAAGUGGUCCUGUGAUGAAAUCUCACAGCAUCACCAAUAUGGACACUGGUGGUCUGAAAGUCUACAAUAUUGUCAAUGAGAAUGGAUCUCAACAGCCAAACUCAGUAGUAAAAUCAGCAUCUGACAGUGCAGAUGGAAAAAACAUAGUCCGAAGUAAAUCUGCUACUGUUCUGUAUGAUCAGCCUUUGCAGGUUUUUCCUGGGUCGUCGUCAUCAUCAUCUGAUUUAGUAUCUUCUACAAAAACUGUGUUCAAGUUUGACUCAAAUCACAAUCCUGAAGGUUCUAGUGUAGCAAGAGGACCAGUGACGACUGGUGCACAGAUUUUCUGUGCUCCCCAGUAUAAUAUUCAGUAUAGCAGUAGUGUAACAGCAAAAGACACCUUGUGGCCCCAAAAACAAAACACCCAAGUAGAGCAAGGCAGCUUACCUCCUUCUCGUCUGCUUAGGUCUGACAGUACAGAAACUAACAGCUAUAUAAAGCAUUCUGCCAAUAUGAAUUUCUCCAAUCAUAACAAUGUCCGAGCCAGUGCUGUGUAUAAUACUCAUCAAUGGAUGGCUGGAAGACAAGCAGAUAUGUGGGCUAUCCCACCAAAUGACAGACUGCUCCCAGGAGCAACCAGACACACUCUUCAAAGGCAAAGCAGUGUAUCUUCUACAGCUUCUGUGAAUAUUGGGGAUACUGGUCCUCCAAGGCGGACCCAAUUUCCUGAAGGGGACUAUUUAACAUACAGAGAUUUACAUUCAGUUGCAAGAGCUCCACCAGUAAUGCCUGGGCAACAGAGACCUCUUUCUGCCAGAACAUAUAGCAUUGAUGGUCCGAAUGUACCCCGGCCACAGAGUGCUCGGCCAUCAGUGAAUGAAAUACCAGAAAGAACUAUGUCAGUUAGUGACUUCAAUUACUCACGGACUAGUCCUUCGAAGAGAUCAAACCCAAGAGUUAACUCUGAGCACUCUUUAUUAGACCCUCCAGGAAAAAGUAAAGUCCCUCAUGACUGGAGGGAACAGGUGCUGCGACAUAUUGAGGCUAAAAAGCUAGAAAAGAGCAUGCUGUCUAGGUCCUUUAAUUCCAAUUAUGCUGCAGUUAGCAGCUUUCACUAUGGCAGCUCUAGGGAUCUGCAUGGCAGCCAGGGUAGUGUUGCCUUGAGUGUGGCAGACGGAAGAGGUUCUGGUGUGCACGUUGUUCGACACCCUCAGGCUUCUACUCCAGGAGACCAAUGCCAGGAUGAGGUAUUCAUUUCAGGACAACAGAAUUAUUCAUCUGCCACACUCAGUCUGAAAGAUGUUCCUCCAGACAGCAUGAAGAAAUUAGCUGUGCAGAUACCUUUGACAAACGGACAAAUGUGCCAGCCUCAAAGACCUCAGGCAAACUACAGCCAAAUCCAUCAUCUCCCUCCUCAGUCAUCAGUAGCAAGACAUCCGUCUAGAGAGCAAUUAAUUGAUUAUCUGAUGUUGAAAGUUGCCCACCAACCUCCCUAUACUCAGUCUCAGUGUUCUCCCAGACAAAGCCAUGAGAUGACAAAGCAAGAAAUUCGAGUGAGAAUUGACAAGGAUCCAGAACUUGGAUUUAGUAUAUCAGGAGGAGUUGGUGGUAGAGGAAAUCCAUUCAGACCGGAAGAUGACGGUAUAUUUGUAACCAGAGUCCAACCAGAAGGACCAGCAUCUAAGUUGUUGCAACCUGGGGAUAAAAUAAUUCAGGCUAAUGGAUACAGCUUCAUCAAUAUUGAUCAUGGUCAAGCAGUAUCUUUGCUAAAGACUUUUCAGAAUGCAGUGGAGCUCAUCAUUGUGCGAGAAGUUUCUUCAUAAAUACUGUGGAUUGGGGGAAAAGCCAGCAGAAUUCAUUAAAGGACUUACGAGAAACUGAAUAUUUUGCCUAUUUUUAUACAUGAAAGGAACUUGAAAAGAACUAUGAUCAAAAUUUGUACAGGAUAUACUGAACUUGUGGCUAAAGGGGAGAAAAACCACUGUAUAGAACAUACAGGAAAUCAUUUUGGAAAUGCAUAUGGUGAAUAAAUUUGAUUUUAAGCAUUAUAGCAAUCUAAGGAUCACUCUUCCAAGAACAAACCUGUGUUGUUUUUUUGUACAGAUGGUAGGUUUAUUUUUGGAUAAUUCAUACACAUUACUAAACUUUGUGCAAGGCUUUAUGAAGCCUCGGUUGUAGCCAGUGGACAGAUGGCAGGGCUGUCUGUCCUGUAGCUGUUUAUUGCCUUUAUUUUUAUUCACCAGAUGUUAAUGUGUUAUGCUGAAACCACUUUGUUAGAUAUGGACAGGGGAUAUAAAAUGUUGGCUUUGCUAUGUGCACAUUGUAUAGAUGAAUGGGUAGAUGGAAGGUGGUGCUGGUUGGACAGAACAAAGGUCAGGUGAAACAACUAUCUGCUAUCUAAAUCUGGAAUCAGGAAAGAAGAAGUGUUUAGUUCCAGAGUGUACGUCUACCAAUAGAAAAUGCAAUAAAAGCUUAUGGUGUUUUUUAGGAAGACUGUAACUACACAUUUGUGAUAUUUUGCAGAAUAUGUUAUUAACGUAGUAGUUGAAUAUUCAUUUGCCAGAUGUGAUUCAUGUUUAGUUGGGUUUUCUUGCAUACGUAAUUUUUUCAGCUGUACUGUGGAAAUGUGCCCAGAGGUUUUUCUCUGCCGUGAAAAUUCCCAGUUUUGUGUGAAUGGUGAUACUUUAAUCUUUAUAAAAAGUACUCCAUUUUAACCUUAUCAAAAAUGAAACUGAAAUGGCCAGUUUUUAAGGUUGUUGCCUGUAAUACGUAUUUAAACACACACAAAGUAAAUGAUGCAAGAACGGUUAUGAAAGACAUCUUGAUUUUUGUUUGGCCUUGGCAAUGCCUUGUUAAUCAAAAUGGAAACCAUACGCAUGGAGCUAGGUAACCAAAGCAAGUUUGUGAAUCUUUGAACGGUGAUGGAGAAUUGCUAUGGUGAGAGGGAGAGCAAAGGGAGGGUGUACUUACAACCCACCGGCUGGUAAUGAUGUUUCUUAAAGGGCUGUUCCUACAGGUAACAUUAAAUGUGAACUAGACACUUCAGAGUCAUUAAAGGGUUUCUAACUAUAUUAAUGUUACAGUGAUUUACCACAGGCUGCCUUUGUUCCUUAUUACUGUAUAAAAUAUUCAGUUAUGCUUCUGUUAAUUUUGUUUACGAGAAACAUUAACUUUAUUUUUCUCUUUCUCCUUUGUAAUUGAAUAGAGACUGUGUAAUCUGCAGUGAUAAUUCAUACACGGUUGUUAUGGACCAGGGAAAAGUGCCAUAGAAGACCAAUAACUGUUUUUAAUCAGGGCUAGUGAUUAGCCUGUCAUCGGAGCAAUAUUCAGUUAUUGCAGUUCAUUUUUUAAUUACAUAUAAGUUGGUAGUUUGAGACAGGUAUUAGUUGCUUUUUUUUUUUCAACUCGUGUGUACAAAAGUGAGUACUUUUAACAAAGCUAGCAAAAAUACCAGUCUCCUUUAGUUUUGGGACAAUGAGCUGGAAGAGGAAGGAAUUACGCCUAGCUAGUGGUAACAGACAGUACUUUUUAAAUAAGCGAACUCCAAUAUUAUUGCACUUCUUUCAAAGAUGUUAACUAUUGCUUAUUGUACUGUGUAUAGGUCUAAUAAUGUUAAUUGAAACCCUUUAACUACUCUUUGUAUAUUUUAAUUCUUUUUAGUUGAUUUUCAGUAAUACUUACAUAGAAAAAUGAUUUUUUUGAUAUAUUAGCAGAAACGUGCUGUAUUUUGAUAAAAUUCACUUAUUUUCUGUGUGAUGUUAAUCUUCAAAGAAAAGAAUGAGAAACAUAGUUAUAUAAUGGCAGGCUUCAGUGUUCCGCUUCCAAGAUGUGUUUUGUUGUUGUUUAGCUUUUAUUUUUUUAUUGAAAAUGCAAAAUUUUACAUCACAUGUUCAUUACUUUUAAUCAUGUUAUUUUUAUUGCACACUGCCUUUCAAUGGGGAUGCAUACAAAUAAGUCCUAAGUACCUUGUUGUUCUAUAUAACCUGUAUCUUUGGGGAGAGUUCAAAAAGAACUGAUUCUUUACUGAUCUUGGGACUGACUUUGUAAACGUUUUGCAGUACAUUUAAAUAUAUCACUGAGAAAUUCUACUGUAUUGUAUUUUGCUUUAAUGGUAACAGAAGUUUUAAACAUUGUGUCACUUAAUUUUCAGAUUUAUGUAUCACGGGAAAUUUCUACCAAAAACUGUUUGACUAUCGUAGAACUUUAGAAGUAGAGAUUUAUAGCAAGAGGUUUAGUACUUCUUGUGGAAAUACUUGGCCAAAGCUUGUCUUCAUUAAAUUAGAAAAUUAACCAUCUAAUAAAACAUGGAUUGUGCUGAUUUACUAAGUAAAUGUUGGCGUUUCAGUGGAUUGAAAUGUGUUCGUUCGUUCAGUGUCUGUGUGUAAAGGUAAAAACACAUGUCAAACUAGGUAAUAUUGCAGAGAGUGGGAGAAACAUAUUUGUUUCUUAAACUAGUCCAGCCUGGAUUCAGCAGAAGGAGAGACUACAUCAGCACUUUUCAUUUUGAAUGCAUCUUAAACUACAUUUUGAACAGAAUAAAGCCCAUCUGCAGCCUAAGUUACUCAGCAUGACAGUGAGUCAAUGUGAACUCUGUUAACUCUUUCUAAUUGUUCAUUAAAGAAUCAGUUCAACUGACGUAAUGAAAAGAUGAAGUCUCCCACAUAUUUAUUAUGUAAAUAUUUUUUAGUUUCUUUUUUUGACUGGAGAUAACAAAAUGUAUAUAUACUUGAAAACAUUCUAUAAACACAAACAUAGCAAUAACACACAGAAUCAAACCUCUGAUUAUUUUGAUUUUGUUUAGAAAUAUUCCCUUGUCGACAGCUAUGAACUGUUUUUAUUGAUCAGCAUUUAUUCAACAUUCCAAAUUUUUGUAUAUAAUUAGACUGUUUCUGAGGUAACACAUGGAGAAUAGAUAAUAAACUAAUGCUCUUUACAGCUGUGUGCAAUUGACUUAUUUAAGUUGUAGGAAGUGCUCCAUUACACCAUUUUAUUCUUCUAUAGUUUCCGUAGAACUUAGUGCUCUAUCAGUAUACAAGAUCUGACACAAAAAAUGAGACUGUCUGUAAUUCUUUAUUUAAGAAAUUAAUAAAAUCAACUGCAACCACUUUCAGAACAGUUCCCUUCUGAGCUGACACACAGCUGUAUACGAUGCUGCCAACAUUCAAAGCAAUUCCACAGAUCAUUUUCUGAAGAGGCAGUUGAGGAUCUCUGAGGUUUUUGCUUUCACAUCUUCUACCAACAGAAAAUGUGUUCUUUUGAGCACCAGCUUGAUCUUUGGGAUCUCUUCACCAUAAGUAUCAGUCAAUAAUUGAAUGUGAGCACAUGUCCACUCGUAGUAAGUGAAGCAAUAGAGCUGAGCUUUGUGUCACUGUGAGAGGUUAGAACAAGUUCUAUAACCAUCUCCUUGUUUCUCCCCUCCCACUCUUGGUUCCUGAGCUAUAGGUUUAGUCUUGGGUUUUUUGUUUUGGACCUUGUACGUUAUUAAAUCAUUAGUAAUGUACAUUAUUUGUGUUUCUGGUGCUCUGCAUCUCGGUGCCCUCCAUGUGAUUUCAUGCAAGACUGGGUUAUUCACGAUAAAGAAGUACUUUUGUGAAUAGCCCAGUCCUGCAGCGAAAACAGCUAGGGCAGCAGGUGGCCUCGGUCCUUAAGAGAUGGAUAGUCUUCAUUGGAUGCAAAGUAAAGUUAGUUUCAGUAGCACGGGGAGGAGUGACUGAGUAAAGGAGCAGAGUUUAAAGUAUCUUGAUUAGCAUGGUGAGAUGCACAAGGAUUAUGUGGUAAAGAAAGUGAAGAGAUGGAAUUUCACAGGAGAGGUAAGUGCAGGUUUACAUCCAGUUUUCUUAGAAAUUGCUUGACGAUGUAGUAACACAAACUAUUUAGUCUUUUUUCCUUGUAUAUAUAGAUCUGGCCUAUCAAUAUCACUACUUGACUUCAUACUUCCUCUACACAGAAAACUGAUUGUAACUGUAACAGGUCACAGCCCUGCUCCCUCCUUAUUUAAGGUUUUCUGUAUCUGCUCCCUACCUUGAUUUGAGGUACGAGGGGCUGACCCUUUAUUUUUGACUUGUGAGCUUUUUGAAGAUGUUUUUGUUGUCUUUUCUGCAGCAGACUUCAAAUUUAUUGUUUCACAUUUCACUCGUGUUAUUUGUUAGGUAUGCCUCGCUUCUGUGCAACUGAGCCUCUGGUCUCCUACUUUUAUUUCAUAACUCUACUUUUUCAUUAAGCAUCUGAGAAUGCUGGGUCCAACUUUUCUGACUGGAGGCACUUUACAGAGGGAAAGUGUAUGAGGUUUUUGUUUGUCUUAUUUCUGUUGCCUCAGAUUAAAUUCAGUUUUGGAACGUGUACAGAAGAUUCUGUUGCAGCAUCUAUGAAGCUAUCUUGAAACUGGGGUUCCACGAUACCAAAUGUUACAAUUGCACUAUAAAAUUGCCCUUGUCUAAAGGAGUUUUUAUAUGAAAAACUGAAACAGCCAAAAUAAGAGAAGUGAAAAUUUCUAUGUAAGCAGAAAAAAACUCAGACCUAAUAUUUGUCAGUUCAGUGCUUUGCUUAGGCAAUAUGCUACUUAUGGUCCAGCAAGAAUUGGGGAAUUCUUGGCUGAAGUGUUUAAAGUACAGCAAGGAAUUGUUCAUUUUCUAUAGUGUCUGAAUCCAUCUUGGCCAGUUUUAUCUGAUUUUUUGAUUUCUCACAGUCUGUGUAAUUGGAGCCAUAUUUUGUCAUAAAUAAGGGCAUUAUUUCAAAAAGAUUUCAUUAUGGCAUGUAUUAGAAAACAAAAAGAUUGAAAAACAGAAGAAACAUUCUCUAUUCAGUUUUUACUUUUCAGUUGGCUGAGACUGCAUCUAAAAAAAAAAAAGCCUGUCAUUAGUUAAAGCUUGGAAAACUGAGUCUCAGAACCUGUUCUGUAAGAUGAAAAAACAAAGACAAAUCAUUAUUGCAAUAAGUGCUCUAGUUUAUACAGCUCAAUGUAGAUAACUUCUAUGUUUAAUUCCUUUAUGGUCUUUAAGUUUGGACCUAGAGUUCCUUGUUCCUUCAAUGCUUUUUCUGCAAGCAUUGCUUUGCCUGUGGCAGGACCGUAUCAAAUAAUGCUGUCCACAAGUGCUCUGCACUGUGGGAGAAUCUCAGGUCACACAGUGCUACAUUUCUAGGGUUUUUUUUGGGGGGGGGUUGUUAUGUGCUCACUUCUUCUGACAGGAUAAACCUUUAAGUUUCUAAGCUGCCUUCAACACAGGACAAAAAACAGCUGUUACUUUGAACAAUUAAUUGGGUAAUGCCAAAUGAAGGUCUGCCUUACAACCUCGGUUUGAAAGUAAACAUCCACAAAGAAAGCCUUACCUUAUGCUGCAGCAGAUGAUUUUGGAAAAUCUGGGCUUGUCUUUACUUGCUCCACAGAAUUGUAUCUUAAGUGACAUCUUUUAUACAAGUAGUCUUACUCCAUUUGAGAAAUUUUAGGAGUAUGUUCACAUUUGUCAUGAAUGAACCUAAUGUGCUGUUCCACUAAAGCAUUGAAAUGUACUUAGCACAGCAGAGGUCUGUCUGUGCAGAUGCUGCUUUGUGACUUAGGAACCCACUGUUUCUAAAUCAUGUUCUUGUUCAUCCUCAACAAGCAAGCAGUAAAAUGUGUGAUUUAAUUUUCUGUGAUGUAAUACCAAUUCUUCUUAUGACUGUGAAGAUUAUGAGGACUAAAGACAACUACUUAUGAUAGUUGGUAGCUAAAGGAAUGAUCAUCAUCAUUUUGUAAUGAUGAGCUAUGGAAAAAAACCACUGGAA